AGCCGCUUCCGCCAGCGACAGAGAAAAACCGGAAGUGGGAGCCAGUCCUCCCCUCUCGCGGCCGCUCCGGCCGAGAUGGCGGACCUCCACCGCCAGCUCCAGGAGUACCUGGCGCAGGGGAAAGCCGGCGGACUGGCGGCGACAGAGCCGCUGCUUGCUGCGGAAAAGGUGGAGAAGCCCGCGGCGGGGGGCGGGCCGGCGGGAAUGUGGCUGGGCCGCGCGGAUCUGCGCUGGACGUGGGCGCGGAGCCCCGCGGAGCCAACGGCGGCGGCGAGCUCGACGUGCUUUCCCAGCGUGACGCGCACGCAGCGGCUGGUGGCCGCACUGGGCGCCACGCUGUACGCGGCACUCGGGCUGCGCAGUACGUUGUUCACGGCGCUGGGCGCCUGCGUGCAGGUGGCCGCGCUGCUGGCCGUGCUCUUCGGUCUCCUGCCCCGGGGGGCGGUCACCGCGCUGCGUCUAGCGCUCGGGCGCCUGGGCCCGGGCGCCGGCCUCACCAAGGCGCUGCCGGUGUGAGCAGCCUUGGGCCCGUGCCGUCGGGCUAGGACGGACGGAAAUCUUGCACGGAGACCACGCGGAGCCCGGUCCCGGGACGCGCCGUCGGGAGACCACCGGCAGCCGGCCCGCGGCGCGGACGGAGCCGAGGACUGCACCCGCCGUCUUCCACUUCGCGCUGGGGAGAGGCUGCUCCGUUGUCGUCCCAGCGAACCUGUCAACUUCUUCGAGCCGCUGUUCUAAUACUGGGACUUGAGCCGUUUCAGCUCUUCGGGUUCAGCGUCUUCCGCCCUACUGGGUGUGCUAUGAGGUCGGGAUGUUGUGGUUGAUUUGGUGACGAUGCUGUGAAACACGGUAAAUUGCUUUUGCGUUUACCGUGGUCUUAGAUUGAGGGCAGUAAAAAAAAAAUUGUUUAUAACAUUUGAAUUAGCUGCCAUUGUGACUUUUCCGAGACUUUUACCUUUUGUCGUUUAAAAAGUCCACUGGUAGAUUGUAGCGGCUUAGCUACAAUACGCUUGUUUGCUUUGGCUCUUGAAAAUUUACUUUUCCUUCGUUCCCGGGUUUCGGCACCAAAAAAAAAAAUUUUACUUUUCCUCAUUCAAUGAGUGGAUUCUUAAGGGUAUCGAAUUAAACACUAAAUUUAGCCACCAGGUUUUAUUUAAGUACUUUAGUUAAGACGGUUUACUUCGGUUUUUAUUUUUUUUAGUGAGAUUGUAAAUAUGGUGCCUUAUAAAAUGUAAGGAAGAUUGAUUGUGUAUUAGAGAUGAAAGCGAUGGACCAAAAAAGGAAAUGUCUGCCCCCAAAAGCAUGACUUGUCAAUGCUCUGAGAGGUCUCUGGGCAGAAUUGCGUUGGGGACUCCUGCCAGACAAGACUUCUGCACCCAAAGUUCUGUGUUUGACGGAAACGUAUUUCUACAAGUCCUAAUUACCAUUCCUAGUUUUAUUGUCUGCUUUUUAAAGUAUAAUUUAUAUUUUGUAGGUUGAUUCUAACGCAGUGUAAGAUGCUCUUCAUGUCUGACAAGUUUCCUUUUAGGUUCAGCAUUUUCUCGUCUUUGAUUUUAUUGCAUAUUCUAACAUACUGCCAAAAAGUUCGGACUCAGUACUCUCAUGAGUCCAGAAAACAUGCUUUGUCAGUAGCUCUGUAUUAACUAGAAAGUAAAAGUAUUUGGAAGUUUUAGAUUCUGUAUCCCUGGUUCUCAGCUCACAUCAGAAUCACUUGAAGACCAGUUCAGCGGGGAAUCUGGAGCCGGGUGGCAGGGCACCCGGGCAUAAGGAAUUUUUCAGAGCUCCCCAGGUGAUCCCCUGUUCAGCUCGGGUGGAGAACACUGUUCCGUGGGCUGGACUGCACAGUUUGAGAAUGAUCUUCUGGGGAAGUCAGAGUCCACCUGCCUCAACAGGUGUGUCGGGCAGCAGUAGAGCGUUGCCUCAGUUCACCCUCAGGAUUUAUGUUCCUAGAGCCUGAUCAGUGUCAUAAGCCCUGCCUCAACUCCAUGGGGCUCCGCACCCUGGUAUUCUCGAAGAAUUACUGCCUGUUCCCCUUUCAGUAAACAGGGCUAUCUAUCUACCUCAGGAGGGACGAGAGGGUGUUUGUAGUAAAAACACAUGCACUGUUUCCAGAGGGACUUCCUGUAACUGGAAAAAACUGCCAUCGGCUGCUCCUUCUGUCCCCCAAUUAAAUCUCUGUUCUAAGGUCUGUUUCUUUAGAAUUUGCACAGCUGAAGGUUUGACAGUGUUUAGCCCAUUUUUAUGUUGAUGCUGUUACUUUUUUAAAAUUUGUUUUCCCAGCAUUUUCUCAAGAAUUCAAACACUGAAAAUCUAGCAUUUAUAAAUUCAAAGCACAAUACCUUGUAUGUACUUGGUAGUGAUGUUUUAAAAUUUCCUAAGUGUUUAGUAAACUACAGUGUAAAGAUUUCAAUUUUUCCUAAAGGAAUUCUUUCUCAAAAUGUGAUUUGGUUAUGUUUGUUGAGGUGCUGUACUGUUGAAAUGUUACAACAGUAAAGUUCUUACCACAUGGAUCUCAGAAAAAGCUUCUCAAUACAGGUUUGCUCCUGGAUCCCAUUUUAGCUUAUCAGAAUUUGAUUACCGCUUCUUUAUAUGCUGUGCCAUUGGAGGGCAAAUAAAGAAUAUCCCACAAACUUGCA